UCAGGAUUUGCACAACCUUGGAGGGGUGUCGUUCUUACAGUGCAAUAUCCUUUUAUGGCACACCCUGGGGGUGUCGUCCUACCAGGUGUGAUGGGUGUCGUUCCUAGUGCCAAUAAAUUGUGUUGCUUUCAAAAAACAGAGUUAGAUGCAAUAAAGGUGCUUGACACCGCACGAACCAAAGAAGCAGCUGAUUUUGUCGAACAGCUCAAAAUUGGACAAAAGAGACAUCAUGAGGAGGAAUUAUCAUCAACUCCACAAAAGGUCUGA